AUCAAUCAACUCCAGCCGGAGCCGCAUGGCAGCGGGUCUUGCCCAGCAGCAGCGCCCCGGGGGUCUCUCCGGGCUGCCCCCGCCACGAGAGCCGGGGGCCGGGCUGGCUGGUGCCCCGGGGCGGGCCCCCGGCAGGAGGAGAAAAACCCGGAGCCUGGGGGUGCGUUUGCCCGCCCCCCCCUUUUGCAAUAUCCAGCUGUCCAGUCGGGGCAGCUUUGCCUGGCGUUUUGCAAAGCGAAGCUCCUGCCUUUUGCACGGGUCUGCCUUGGGGAAGGGGUCGCGGGGGGGGGGCGGGUUUAAAACCCAGCCCCCCCUCCCCCUAAAACUCUCUGAGCUCUUUGCUAAUUGCACAGAGGCGCCCCCUGAACGUUGUUUUGCAGGAUCCAGCUGCUUUUGCACCCGGGGAAAUCCAGUUGCUGGGCGUUUUUUCCCCCCUCCCUCCUUUGCUUUUUCUGCAAAUCCUCAAAGAACCCCCCCCCCGUGCGUUAACAUGCCCCCCCCCCCCCCGCUUCUUGCGACAUCAAUAUCUGGCCCAGGGGGCAGCACCAACAGCCGCCUUCCAAAAGUCGCGUUUUCUCCUUGGCUUUUCUUGGUGCCAUUUGGCUUGUCGUGGCAGGCUUUUCGCCUGCCCGCCUGGGACUGGCUUUGUGACUAGACACCCCCUCGCCUGAAUUUCUCCUUUCCUCGUUCGCCUUGGCCGGACUGGAAUCCCGCAGCCGGACAGCGUCCCGCGUCUGCCGAAAGGUAUCCGGAGCCGGGCUUUCGGGCGGCGUCGCUUUCUGCAGCGGUGACAUCCCGAGCGGGGCCAAGGCUCCGGUCCAAACUUCUGCGGGUGAAACCGGCCUGCUGCGAAAAAGCAACGUCUCUCCUUUCUCCUUCGUUUCCAAGUCCUGCUCCCCCCCUGCCUUUCUUCGCUGGCUUCCAGGUUUGCGCCAGAAAACCGCACGGGGAAAAAAAACCCUCGGCUGAUUUAUUUUGCUUCUCUUCAUGUGACUUCUAUUAAAAUCAAACCCCGGAGCCGAUUGCAAAAGAAGAAAUUCGUGUCCCAGUGCAAACAAGGCAGCAGCGGGGGCCUACCAGGGUGCGCGGCUGCACCGCGGCGGGGCUGGGGGGUUUUUUUUUGCAGCCGUGCGAGAUUGCAAAGGGCCUUUUAUUUGCACACCGCCAAGGCUUGUGCAAAAGAGCCCGUGGCGAGGCGACUUCAGCUGCAAACUGCCCGGUCGUGAAAUCGCGGGGAAGCGGGUCCUGGCUGCCCGGCGGGGACUUCGGACACGUGCAGGACGCGAGAGAGGCCAGCGGCGAGUUUGCGACUGUCCCUCCCUCGACGCUCCUGGGCCUCCGGCGGGCUCAAUCCAGGGGGGCGAAUGUGCUAAACCUCUGCCCUCCAGGGGGGGUCCUAGCACUGUUGCAAAAGCUUGUGGGGGGCAUCCUUUAAAAGACAGGGGGGGUUGCAAAACGGGAGAGGAAUGAACUCCUGGGAAAGAGGCGCAGAGGAGGCGUGAAACCCGUGGCACUGCGGAAGCUCGGCACCCCGAAAGAGGCCGCCACGAAAAGGGGGCACACGCUUUGAAUUGCCUCCCCCAAAAAGGACAGCUGCAGCCACAAAACCCAGGCACCCCCCCAAACCUCUGCCCCCCCCGGAGCGAGCGGCCCGUGUUGGCGGUUGGCGGUGCAAACAGGGCCGGGGGGAAAUGCCUUGACUCUCCCAGGCCCCUGAGUUGGCGCGCCAUGGAGGAGGCGGCCGCGGAGGGCGACCCGCCCAUGGCCGACGUCCACCUGUGUGGGCACCUGCGGAAGCAGAAGUCCCAGCGGCGCCGGUUUUUUGUGCUGCGGGCACCCAGCGAGCGGGGGCCAGCCCGCCUGGAGUACUACGACAGCGAGAAGAAAUUCAGGGCCGGGGGCGCCCGCCCCAAACGCAGCUUCCCCCUGGCCAGCGCCCUGAACAUCAACAAGCGGGCGGACGCCCGGCAUCGGCACCUCAUCGUCCUGUACGGCCGGGACGGCACCUUCGGGGUGGCGGCCGAGAGCCCGGAGCAGCAGGAGGCCUGGUUCCGCGCCAUGAUGGACCUGCGCGCCAAGGGCCUGUCGCAGCCGGGGAGCGGGGCGGCCGCGCCCUUCCGGGAGGUCUGGCAGGUGACCCUGCGCCCCAAGGGGCUGGGGCACGCCAAGAAUCUGGUGGGCGUCUACCGGCUGUGCCUGGCGGAGAGCACGGUGGAGCUGGUCCGGCUCAGCGCCCCGGCCCCCUGCCUGGUGCUUCAGCUGCUGAGCGUCCGGCGCUGCGGCCACUCGGAGAACUACUUCUUCCUGGAGGUGGGGCGCUCGGCCGCCACGGGCCCCGGCGAGCUGUGGAUGCAGGUGGAGGACCUGGUGGUGGCCCGGCACAUCCACGAGUCCAUCCUGGAGGCCAUGAAGCGGCUGAGCGAGGAUUGCCGGGUGCGGGGCCGCGGCCAGGCCUCCGCCCCCGUCUCGGUGCCGGCCCGGCGCCUGCCCUCCGCCCAGCCGCUGGGGUCCGGGCACCGCCGGCCCGACGGGGAUUACACCCUGGCCUCGUCGGAUGAGGGCGGCUCCUCCAGCCCCGGGGAGGGGCGCCCGGCCGGCAGCCCGGAGCCGGCAGGCUCCCCGGAGGGGCGGGCGCCCGGCUGCAAGCGGCCAUCGCUGCCCCCCUUGGCCCUGGGCAAAGGCGCCGGGCAGAGGAAGCCGGGGUGGUGCCCGGAGUCCGGCUACAUGGCCAUGCUGCCCGGGGCGGCCCUGCCGGGCGCGGGGCAGCCGGGCUACGUGCCCAUGAGCCCCGGCGGUGUCUCUCCGCCCCGGGGCGAAGCCGCCGGCUAUAUGCUCAUGUCCCCCAGCGGGAGCUGGGCGCCCGAGUACGUCAACAUGUCCCCACUGUGGCGCUCGGCCGGCAGCACCCCCCCGCGCCGCAGCCCCCCACCUGGCGCCCCCGGGGAGGCCCCCUGCCCCUUCCGCUCUCUGCCGCGGUCCUACAAACACGGGGCCCAGCUGGCCAUGCCCGGUCGCCUCUCCUCCUCCUCCUCCUCCUCCAGCAACGAGAGCUUGGGGGAGCCGGUGCCCCCGAGCCACGGGGAGUACGUCAGCAUCGAGUACCGGCCCGGCCCGGGCCAGCCGGCCAGGGUGGAUCCGGGCAGGCGGCUCUGCGGCGAGCGGGGCGCCCCGGCCUGGGAGGAGCCGGGACUCAACUACGUGGCCCUGGACCUGGCCCGGGGAAGGAGGCGGGCGGCCGGCGGCCCCAGCCCCCAGGCCUACGCCAGCAUCGACUUCCACCGCUCCCAGGACCCGCGGGGGUGCCGCGGCGGAAGGGAUGGGCCAGAGUGCUGAUCCCUUUGCUGUCUGUGCGACCUGGUGACUUCGGGGCUCCCCUGGCUCGUGACCAGCUCCCCACCCCAGAGCUGGUCGCAUCGGGACGCCUGCUGCCUGAUACCUCCGCAGACGACGCGCGUCGGUUUCCUCCCGAUGGACCGUGAACCCCUUUAAGUGCCUUUGUUUUGGGGGUGUGGCUCUCGGGCGGUUAUGGAGAACAAGCCAAAGACAGACUCACGUUUGGGGGGGGCUGGUGCCUUGUGCUCCGUGGGGCUUUUGUAUCUGCUGGGGGGGAUACCCCAGCACCUGACUGUGGGCUUGAGGUUUCAAGGUCACCCCCAGUUUUGGGGAAACCCUCUGCACCAAAGCUUAUUCUUUACUUUUUUUUUGGUGGGGGAUCGUCCCAGCUUCUCACCCCUUGGGAUGGAGACUUUUUUUUGCGGGGGGGGGGCUGAUUCUUUAUUUGCAGGGAUAACCCCCCAUCUAUGUUGGGGUCACCCCUUUGCCCCCAUCAACCCUCUGGUGCCUUCCUGCCCCCCACCCCAGCCUGUCUGUGUUUUUUGGGGUAUGCCCCAAAGGCUCCCCCCAAUCUGCACACUGUGUUUUAUUCCCCCCACCCCAGCAUGAGGGGGAGAAUUGUGCCCUCUCGCAUAGCCAAAGUGCACCCCUGCAGAUGGGGCGUUGUGGGGGGGCCGGUCUUAGGUUCGAAUUUGGGCUUCGCUCUGUGCUUCUGAUUUGCACCUGGUUGGUUUUUUGCACUAGCUUUAAAACGUUUCGUUUGAAACCACAUAAUUUAUAGCUCCGGCUGCGAGGCCUUAAAUCCACCCGCCCUUCGUCAGGCUCCGAGCGAGCCGCAUGCCCGACCCCGGCUGAGCUCGCCGGGAAGAUCCCCCGGCGCGUGGCCGACGGGCCGGGCCUUCGCUCGGCGGGGUUUAGCGCUUGACUGCAGCCUCGGGAGCUCGGUUUCGGGGGUCCCUCGUUUGCGAGAUGGGAGCUGUAGGAAGUUGGGGGGGUUUAUUGGUUAUAAUAAAGUCUCUUUAUUGCA